GGUACUGCUGGUGGCGCUGGGCGGGCUCGCCGCAGCGUCGCUGUACGGCGCACUCCACGGUGACAUCCGGCGGCUGUACCACGGGUACAACUUCCUCGGCGAGAUCUGCGGGGUAUGACCCUCAGGGCUUCUGUGUACGGCAUGAGGUGGGCAGCCAGGUUUCCAAGCCGAUGCUGUACUGGUGCAGGGACGCCUCGGGCGCUGCCGGCGCCGGCCUCGACCUGGCGCACCCCGUCUGCCGCGAGAGGUGCCCGACAGGCCCAGGCACAGACGCGGCGUGCUUCAGCGGCGCCCGCGAGGGCCCGAAGGUGAUCAUUGACGACCUUAACUCUUACACCGUGCAGCGCACCUACACGUUUCAGACGGUGCCAGAUUACAAUUCGUCUGCGUUCAUGGGAAUCGCGUGCCUCCCAGAGGACCGCGCCUUACGUAUGCAGGUGGCCAGCCAGUUUCAGGACGGCAUAGCCUCACGAGUGUGGCUCUGGGUUGUCAGCGUACGCAACGCAUGGCCGCUCAUUUUGGUGGCCGCCGCGGUUGCCACUGGACUUGGCUUCCUGAACAUAGCCGUCCUGCAGAGGCUGGCCGGCCCCGCCGUGUACUGCGCGGCGGGGGUGCUCUGCGCGGCGCCCCUCGCCCUCGGCGGCGGGCUGCUCCACGGGGGCCUGGGCGGCCCGGGGGGCGGCGAGGCGGACUUGCUGGCAGG